AUGGAUACACCGCUCUCCCAGGCUGACGCUGUGCGCGGCGCAGUCUCGUCCGUCGCGACCUGCACCCCCGCGACAUCUGCCUUGCUCAAGACUCUAUUGCUUCCCAAGGACUCGGAGACCCCGACCGUCGACGACGCGAAUACUCGACCUGCCGCGAAGACCGCGAAUUCUGCCCGAUCGAGAACGAACACGGUCACGAGAGCCCCAUCGAAACGCGCCAGAGCCGCUGCCGCCCCCGCUCCCGACGAGGGUCUGUCGGCACGAGAGAAGGCGGCAUUGGCGACACACGUCGUCAAUGCCACCCUCAAGGCUCUCGGAGAGGCUGCAAAACCCUCCUCGGCCGCGGCGCCACGACCCGCCCAGGAGGAUGACUUGGUCAAGACGGCGACCAAGAACGCGAUCCGGCGGUCCAGCUCGGCACCCAUGUCGCCCCUGCAGCCCCGUUCGCUUAACAGGCAGGCCUCCUCUCCCGUCGCUGCUGCAAAACAUGCCCGCUCGCCCUCCAAGUCGUCCAGCACAACAAACCUGCUCUCCACCGUCGAGUGUGCCCGCGUGGCCCUGGCAGCAUUGCGACAGUUGCCCGCCUCGGGCAAGAUUACUCUCCCCGACCUGCAGCUCGAGUCCGGCAUGUCGGCGUUGGUUGGGAGGUUGAUCAACCUAAACCUCCAAGAGCAGGCCGUCAAGGAGCUGAGGAUAUUGAAAAGGAGGCUGGAGGGGCCUUCGGCCUCUGAGGCUAAGAAGGCGGGGAAAUCGGCCAACUCGGAUUGCAAGAAUACCGCCCGACUCUUCUCGGACCUUCUCGACUUCGGUUCGGUGAAGGCCUCGGGCGCGCGGCUUCUGUUGAUCAUCGCCACCCAGAUCCAGGUUCUGCGAGUCUUGGCAAUCUCGAAGAAGCCGUCGGCCAUCGAGGCGGCCCUACCCUACCUCCGCCAGGACCAGGCCUCUUCUCCUAUCAACUUGCUCCUCGCAGCAGCGAGAGAGGACGGAGCGGACGUCAGCAAGAUCGCCAGGCAAACGGAAACCCUGGCCCAAUGCCUUCUGUCGCUUACGCCCAGCGUGUCCAGCAAGGAGGACGGCACGGCGCAGGAGGCCCGACUUAGCAUCUCGCCCGCGUCCGCGCUGGAGCUGCAGGCGCUUGCGCUCGAGAGCCGGCUGCACUGGUGGGGGUUGGCGAAACACAAGGGAGACGCUGAAAAGAAUAUCAUGGUUCCUCUAUACAGGUGUCUCGGCGCGUACAUGAGGCGGACCUCGGAGACGCCCAGGUCUAGCUAUGUCGUUUGUUCGGAGAUCUUCAACCGGAUACGCCGGCAGCUCGAAGCCCACGGCUUCCACCCGGCCAAGGGAUCCAGGCAGCCGUUCGCCGGCAUCUGCCAGACCCUGGCGACUUUGGCGCGCGACGCGCAGCAGAUGUCGGACGCCAUCAUGUGGGCGACCAAACUCCGAGAGGCCAUGGAUCCCGCGGCCGAAUCGAUAGCAAAGACUUGCGCGGUCGCCGCUCAGCUGCUCUCCCUCCAUCUCAAGCAACCUGCCAAGUACCUCUCGGACGACCAACUGCUCAAAGAGGUUGUUGCCGGCAUCCAGGGUCCCUUGCGCGGUGACACUGCCGAACUUGACGAGCUCUUGGUAAACAUCUGCGCGGUUCGAAAAGGCGCGAUGCAUUAUCUACUCACCCUCGCCAGGAACGGCGAUAGCGUCUCCCAGCCUCGCCCGGAAACCAAGGAGCUGCUCGAGACAUUCAUCCUCCAAUGCCCUCGUUUCUGCCUCCGAUGGCUCGGAAAGCCCCCCGGGCCCCAGGGAAGUACCAAGGACUACCUUCGGUACGACCAGCGGCGGCAGCUCAUGCUGCAGUACUUCCCACACGUUCUCGACUCGGCAUUCAUAACUAUCAAGACUUGUUUGGACCAGUCGCGUCUCGCAUGGGAUCUCAUGGACUCGAUUCUCGGCGAUUGCAACACCCUCUUGGAGUACACGGGCAGCAACUCGGCGACAUCGGAUCCUUCAGCGUCAUAUUAUGUCAAGAUAUCACACUUCUACUACCUGCAGUACAGCUGCCUCCGACAGCAAUCCACCGAUCCCAAGGAUGUUGCCCCCCUGCGUGCUCUGAGGCGCUCGAUUGAGUGCGUCAAGCAUCGCUCCAGCGGGGAGAAAGAGAAGGCACGACUCACAUUGAAGCUGGAACGCAUGGCAGAGCUCUGUCGGACGCUGGGCAGGGUAGAAGAAGCCCUCGGAGCUCUGCAGGCCAUCCGAACAAGCCUUGUCGAGGAUGGUGUCCUGACGUCCGUCGCUAAGGCCCUCGAGACGAAGGCGCCCGCCGUUGCCUGGGCCGCCGACGAGAAGGCUGAGGGCCUCUCGCGAGCACUACUGGCAAUCUCCAAGAUGGAGCAUGUAUGGAUCGACUGGACCGUGGACCUCGACGAGACGGAGCGGGCUGCUGCGCUGGAGCACCGCCUGCGCUUCGUUCUGCUACGGGAAGGAUCCAAAGAAGGCGCCGUCAGCCCGGAGCACCCCGUAGUCGAUGCGUUGCUCCGAAUCUACAUCCCUACCAAAUACCCCAUCCGGAGACUCCGGGUGCUCCUUCUCCUGCUGUGCUCAGCGCUCGGUAACCUUGACAAAGCCCCCGAGCUCCUCUCGGUCGCUAAGGACGCCGCGCAAGUCGAGGCAUCUGGAGAUCUCGGAGAGGACUCGGGCUUGGUUGGCUUUCUCCCACACCUGAAGGCGCUCCACAACUCGCUAUCCGCGGCAGUAGAUGCCUACCGCGACCACCAGGCACUCGAUGCCUGCAUUUCCACCUGGCGCUCGAUUAUCGCCUCUUGCCAGGACAAGGCAGCACUGGAGACGGUCAUCGACGACGUGCCGGGCCUCUUGGAGUACCUGCAGUCGGUUGCUGACUUUCUCCGCAUGAAGGGCCGGGACACCACGCUCGCAGCCGUCUUGGAGCUGGCCGCCAGCAUCUCGCGGGCGGUCGAGGGCUCGAAGGCGGAAGAGGUGAUCCAGCAUAGCUCGUGCCUCGCCCUACAAUACACUAAUCUCGGGCAGUCGCUGAGGGCGGAACAGGUGUUCCAGGAAGUACAGGAACUGAUCAGCGACGAGCUCCGCAGCGAGGUCCUCGCCAGCUUCCACCUCGCCUUCGCGGAGCACUUCCUUGCCCUCAGCAGUAUCAGACAGGCGGAAGACCAUCUUGCCCAGGCCCAGCUCGCCUUCAACGUCGAUGCCGCCGCUUCUCAAAAGCACAACCGCGCCGAGAGAAGGCGACUCGUCGCAUAUGCCUGCUACCUCCAAUCUCUCAUCGCCCUGGAACGCGGCGACUCCCACCACGCGCUCGCCUACUCCCGCGACAGCGUCCGCACGCUCUUCCAGGAUUGGGCCAAACUGGAGUCCCGGCUCGUGCCGAGGACCCUGCCCGAGCCGAACCGUGCGGACGACCAGACCAUCGAUGUAUCCGCGGUAACCAUCGAAGGCGAUACCCUUCAGCAGAGCCCGGGACCGGAGUUCUGGCGGCUGUUCCACUGCCUCUAUCGCAACGUCUUCCGGCUCUCGUCCAUGUACGCUCAUUUGGGCAUGUUUCAAGAGACCAUGUACUACGCCGAGCAGGCCCUGAAGAUGGCCAAGACCGUCAACUCGGAAUUCUACAACGCCGAGUGUGCCGCCUGGAUCGGCUCUGUCUCCUGGAGGGCCGCCAAUGCCACAAAGUCACUCGAGAUGCUGCAAGAAGCCGCAGCGCUGCUUCCCGACGACAACCGCUCGUACUCGUCGGCGGCGCUGGCCUGCCAGAUUGGCUCCAUGUAUCUCUCCCAGAACAAUAUGGAGGGCGCUAAGCUGUUGCUGGAACGGGCCGAGGCAAUCGCGCACAACCUCGCUGCGAGCCCGGCUGCCGAGCAGCGGGCAGAUACCGCCGCCGUCGAGACCGAAAUGGCGAAGUUGAGCAUCACAAAGAAGCCUACGAGGGGUGGUGGUGGUGGUGGUGGUCGUGGUGGACGUAAGGCUGCUGUUGCGAAGACGCCAGGCAGGAAAGCGGCCAAGGGCGCGAUCAGAACGAAGGCGACGGCCCCCGUUCCCGAGCCGCCGGUGGUGGUGGUGGCCGAGGAGGACGCUCAGCUGGCCAAGCUCCGAGCGUCCAUCCUCGUCCAGAAAGCCGUGUCCAUGCUCCGACAAAAGGAGUGGGCGGCAGCCCAGGCCGCUCUCAUCGAGGCUACGGCUGCCUCGAAGGCAUCCGGCCUGCUGCCCGUGAGACAAGUCACCAUGGCCUCGUGUCUGCUGGGUAUGAGCAUGGAGCAGAUGGCUCAGGACCCCGUGUUCUCCGUCAUCCAAGACUCGACCAUCUCGUUUCCCGCUCUCUCGGGUUCCUCCGAAAAGCCCUCGCCAGUCCGCCCCAAGGCCUCGUCGCCUAAGAAGUCACGAGCCGCCGCGGCGAGCCAAGGACAAGCCGUCAGGGAGGCCGCUCCGGGGCUGUACGUGGACAAUCUGCGGCAGGCCCAUGACUACCUGCUCGAAGCGCACUCGGUGGCAGCGCUGAGCGGGGACGCGAGCCUAAUUCACAGGAUCUCGGGCAUGCUCCAAAACGUCAGCCUGUACCUGACGGCCACCUCGGCCAAGGCCAAGGCGGCCGUCCACUCCGCCCAGACGUCGUACUCGGUCGAGCUCGCCCGGAACCUGACCUGGCGUCGCGAGCGGAAGGCGCUGCUCCAGGAAAAGAACGCGAACAAGAGCGACGGACUGCAGUGGCCGGCGACGCUCCAGUCAGCGAGCACCAGGCGGUCGAGCCUCGGGUUCACGCUCGACCUGCACAAGAUCCAGCGGGACUAUAUCGACAUCGUCCCCAGGUCAUGGAACGUCAUCUCCAUCUCGCUCAGCGAGGGCGGCCACGACCUCUGCAUCACGAAGCUGCAGGCCGGGCAAAACCCCUUUGUCAUCCGCCUGCCCCUCGAGCGGGCCAGCUCGCGCGACGCAGACAGCGACGUCUUUGACUUCCAGCAGGGCCGCGCCGAGCUGCUCGAGAUCAUCAAGCAGAUCAACAAGACGUGCCACGACUCCCGGGACAUGACGGUCAAGGGCGCCAAGGCGGCGUGGUGGGCCGAGAGGGAGGCGCUGGACGAGCGGCUGAAGGAGCUUCUGGACAACAUCGAGACCAUCUGGCUGGGUGGCUUCAGGGGCAUCUUCUCGCAGCACGUCCGCCGGCCGGAGCUCCUGGCGAGGUUCCAGAAGGACUUCCUGACGAUCCUGGACAAGCACCUGCCCUCGCGGCGGCAGGUGCGCGGCAAGAAGACGACCAAGCCGGAGCAGACGGCCAAGGCCACGCUGGACCCGAACGUGCUGGAGCUGUUCAUCGGCCUGGGCGACGCCACGGAGCCCGGCCGCGACUUUGACGACGAGCUCACCGACCUGCUCUACUUUGUCGUCGACAUCCUGCAGUUCCACGGCGAGCGCAACGCCUACGACGAGAUCGACUUCGACUCGAUGGUGGUCGAGACCAUGGACGCCCUCAACGCCUACCACUCGGCCGCCCACGCCGCGGCAGCCGAGGACGCCCCGGCCAACCUGCACACCAUCCUCGUCCUCGACAAGGCGCUCCACGUCUUCCCCUGGGAGUCCCUCCCCUGCAUGUGGGGCCUCGCCGUCUCCCGCGUGCCCUCACUCGCCUGCCUCCGCCGUCUGAUCCUCGACUGCCGCCGGCCGGGCGAGCGGGAAGGCCGCCCGGACGGCCACCACGCGUCCGUCUCCGCAGGCGGCACCUACAUCCUCAACCCCUCGGGCGACCUGACGUCGACGCAGGCCACCUUCUCCCGGCCGCUGGCCGCGCACCUGCCGUCGCCGGCCUGGCGGUCCCUCACGGGCCGCCCGCCGACCGAGCAAGAGUUCGCGACCGCGCUGGCCGAGUCGCAGGUGCUGCUCUACUUCGGCCACGGCUCGGGCGCGCAGUACAUUCGCGGGCGCACCAUCCGCCGCCUCGACCGCUGCGCCGCCGCCGUCCUCCUCAUGGGCUGCAGCUCCGCCGCGCUGGCCGACCACGGCGACUUCGAGCCCGCCGGCCCCGUCUGGAACUACAUGAUGGCCGGCUGCCCCGCCGUCGUCGGCACCCUGUGGGACGUGACGGACCGCGACGUCGACCGCUUCGCCGCCGGCCUCGUCGAGGACCUCGUCGAGGCGGUCACGAGGGCGAGGGGGAGGUGCAAGUUCCGCUUUGUGACCGCUGCGGCCGCGGUCGUGUAUGGCAUUCCUGUGUAUGUGGAGCGGUAA